AUGGCCACAAAAAUGUACUCGCUGAUGUUGUUUCUUGGAGUACUGGUUCUUCUCUCCACUGGCUCCCUCGCCCAACUGAAACCUCCACAAGGCCAGUUACCGCCAGUGAUACCACCACCAGGAGGCAAACCUCCAAAUUCACUGGAGGAGUCCUCUUUGGAAGAAAAGACGCUAGCCUUCGGUGCCAAACUCCCCAAGGGACCAAAACCUCCCUCAAAGUUUAUCCCACCAACACCAAUUAAUCAUGAGUCUCUUGAUCAGGGGAAAAAGCCUUACCCAGAACACAAGCUACUGAUUAAUCCAGUUGAUCAGAAGCCUCCGAAGGGUGAACCCAAGUCACGGCGUGAGCAUUACCAACGACACCCUCCAGCAAAAGAUGGUAGAAACAGGCCCUAG